UUGUUAUCUUGUAAUCUGUAAUCUGUUAAGGGCUGUUAAGGCCAUCAUCGUGAGUGGCAAAAGUUUGGUCACUUUGACGUUUCGUAAUCUUUUUAAGUUUUUUUGUUUACAUUUUGGUGUUUGUCGUCACAAUGAGUCGUAAGUACAAUAAACAGCGUUUUAUCAAUUUCUUGGAGCAGGAGGCAAUCUGCGAUCUCUUGGAUGUGAAUGAGGAAGAAGAAAGGACAGGACAAGUUCGAGAUGAUUUGAUGGAAGCCGUGAUUGACCGUCUUAUGGAGGGAUUAUUAAUCAUGAUUACUCAUCGAUAUUUGUACAGGACAAGAGUGCCGAAAUCCAGUGCCUGGUAUGAGAGAAUACUACCUCAGUAUGAUCCAUCAAGAUUUCUUCAAAUGUUGCGUGUGUCACGGGAAGAAUUUGACUUCAUCCUGAAUGAAAUCACUGAUGACCUAGUCUUCACUGUGAGAGCGCGCUUGCAAUUUCCUGUCGAGAAGCAAUUAGCAAUAGUGUUAUAUCGCUUAGGAGGCUACGGUGAUUCUGCAUCUCUUGCAAAAACUGCUGCUAUGUUGGGAACUGGAGAUGGUGGAACUCUGGACAAGGUCACUCAACGAGUGUUCUCGGCCAUUUUACGACUAAAACCUCAGUAUUUAUAUUGGCCAGAUGCAGAGGAGAGAAGGAUCCUCACACGAGAGACGGCAGAUGAGUUGAUUUUAUGUGUCGGGUACAUGGAUGGGACCGAGUUUAAACUCGCGGAAGCUCCCAUCCAUGAUCCCGACUCAUAUUAUUCACGGAAGAAAGUACACUCGAUCAAAGCCACUCUCGUGUGUGAUCACAGAUUCAGGGUGAGAUAUCUCGCGGUGGGAGUGCCAGGGAGUGUCCACGAUGCCAGAAUGUUUGUGAACAUUGAACUUGGACAACGCACGGAGGAAUUUCUUACCGGAGAUGAAUAUAUAGCUGCCGAUUCAGCCUACAAGUGCACGGAGAGAGUAAUCACUCCCUAUAGGCAAAACUCCAGGGCCAUGACUGCGCAAGAAAGACGACAAUUUAAUCGUAUAUUUUCAUCCUAUCGUGUACGAGUGGAGCAAGUUUUUGGAGAUGCUAAGGAAACAUUCCAAAGUCUCAAGGAAUUACGAUUCAGACUUGGAACAGAAGAAAAUUAUGCAUACUGUUGUAAUUGGGUGAUGGUCUGCUUCAUAGUCUACAAUAUGCUCCUCAAAUACAAAAUGGAUCGUGGCUACAGAAUCGUGUUUGAUGAUAUUGGCGAAAUCAAUGAUGAUCCUAUUGAAGAAGAGCUUCAGAUUCCAGCUGGCAAUGAUGCUGCAGAGAGGAAACGGCAGUACAUAUAUGAACACAUGUUGCAAAACAUUUGAUUAAUAGAUUACUUCAAAGUUUAUUUCACUCCUUAAAUGUAUCACAGAAUUCUUGAACAAA